CCGUCCCUGCCUCUCUCUGCCGAGCGUUCGAAGCGAGCCGCCGGCGCCAUGUUCCGCCGGGCCCGCCUCAAUGUGCGGCCCAACGUCCGACCCGCGGGCAGGGGCGCCCCGCCGGCAGCGCGGCGGGCCGAGAGCAGUGACACGGCUGAUAGCUCAAAUGAUGCCAGAGAAGCUAGUAGACCUGCAGAGAUGCCUACGCAGAGAAGAAAACGGAUCUCCACCAUGCCCAAUCUUGUCAAACCCAGAGCUGGACCUUCAUCUGCUCAGUGUUCUGCAUCAAAGCCGCAGAGGCGAGCAUCACAGGCUCCUGAUGGCAGUGCUUCACUUCAGAAGGAUUCGUCUCCAUCAGAAAAGAGUAAUGUUGAAAGCUCUUUAAAGUCUCCCAUGCUGCCCGAAAAGAAAACACCUGUGCCACAAGUGCCACAGUUUUCCCCACUAAAAAAAUCGGUGAACAAAGAGCAAACUGUAGGUGUAGCUGCUCAAAAAAAUGAUGAUACCUUGCAGAAGAAUGUACCCUCCCCACUCAAGGAGAGACCAACACAGGAAAGAUCAGGAGCACAGGAGGAAAAGCUACCUGUGAAACCUGCUACUGUAAAAGAGAAACGACCGUGUUCUGACCGUGAAAGGAUCCUCAAAGCUCGGAAGUUAAGAGAAAUGCUUAAAGAAGAGCUGAAGAAGGAGCGGAUGUUGAAACACAGACCUCCAAUAACUGAAGGACAUUCUCCACCAGAUCGUUCUAAAAUGACCAUGAGAGACUUGAUAUACUAUCUGCCAGAAAACAAUCCUAUGAAGUCUUCCCUGGCAGAAGAAAAGAGAACAGAAAAAAGUUCUGCACUGGGUCAAAUGAAAGAACAGGAAGAGAAGAAUACUCCUGAUCAUGAGGAAGAAGAUGAGGAAGAAGCAGAGAAUGGGGAAGAGAGUCAGGAUGGUCCACUUCUAGCUCCCCGUGUGAAAGUAGCAGAAGAUGGCUCAAUUAUUUUGGAUGAAGAAAGUUUAACUGUGGAGGUUCUAAGAACAAAAGGUCCAUGUGUUGUAGAAGAAAAUGAUCCCAUCUUUGAGCGUGGCUCUACAACUACAUAUUCUAGCUUCAGAAAGAGUUUUUACACUAAACCGUGGUCAAAUAAAGAAACAGACAUGUUCUUUUUAGCUAUCAGUAUGGUAGGAACAGACUUCUCCUUGAUUGGACGGCUGUUUCCUCAUAGAGCCAGAGCAGAAAUUAAGAAUAAGUUCAAACGUGAGGAAAAAGCUAAUGGAUGGAGGAUAGACAAAGCUUUCAAAGAAAAGCGGCCCUUUGAUUUUGAAUUCUUUGCCCAGCUGCUUGAGAAGGUCUUAGCAGAUGAGGAAAAGAGGAAGCAAAAGACUGUUAAAAGCCAGAAGCCAAAGGAAAAGAAGCUGUCAAGGCCUCGGAAGAAGACAAAAGCAAAAGCUGCCAGCACAGAAGCUGUUAAUGAUCAAGAUGAUCUUCAGGAAGCCAGAAUUUCUGAUGCAGAAGCAGAUGCUGUGACAGCUGAGAAAGAAAAUGAGGAAUCUUUGGGCAUUUCUGAACAGGCAGAAGAACAGGUUGCAUUAGAGCCAGCGUUAGCAAAAAAGAAGAGAAAGAAGAGGCGAAAAGAUGAUCUUGAACAGGAAGUGGAGAAUCUUCCAGAAGAAAUGGCUGUACCUUCAAAAAUAGCUGAAGAAGGGAAAUCAUCUGAGAAAACAGAAAAAAAAGUGGUAUGUGAUGCAAACAAUGAUGGUCAUACCACCUGUAGAGAAAAACUGAGUAGCGUUACUGAAGAAAACCAAGAUGAGACUGCUGUUACAGAGGAAGAGAGAUCAGAGUCCUGUUUACCAGUGGAUGACAUAAUGGAGAGAGAAAAUGAUGUCAAUCUAUGCAGCUUCGAAGAUAGCAAUGAUAUUAUACUAGAAACGGAAUCUGCUAAACUGAGAGCCCUAGAUAUUAGAGAUGAUACAUCACAGGAAAGCCAGAUUUCAGAUUUACCGGUUUCAGAGAUUAGAGGCAAAGAAAGACAAUCUGAAGAAACUAGAGAAACAAAGAGCAAAGACAUACAUGACUUACAUAGACCGGAUGAAAAGCAGAAUGCAUCAGAAAGUGAUUCUCAGUCUGAAAUCAUCAAAACUGAAAAGCCAUUAGACAGAGGGCACUUGCAAAGACCUAAACCAAAUUUAGUGAGAUCAUCUGGAAAGAGAGAAGCAGCAACCCAAGAGAAAAUGGAGGCCGAGACUUCCUCUCCAAACCUUGUGAAUGCAGAUAAAAAGUGCUCUGCGGAAGACGGUAGAAGAAACAGAAAUGAAGCCACAGAAGUAGAGAACACUGAUUUGGAUAGUAAAUCUGAAGUACCUGAAAAAACUGUAAUUGCAAAGGCAAGAGUUAGAGGAUGUCGACAAAGAUUUAAGCCUAAUCUUACAAGAGCGUCUGGAAGGAAAGAAGAGCCUGAAAAAGAUGCAGGAAAUGAUAAAAUGUCCCGUCCACAACCUAAGGGGGAAACUGAAAAGAAUACUGACCAAAGUAGUAAGUCUGAUGCUACCAGUGAAGAAGCUGCAGAAAAAGAUGAUAAAGUUGUGGACACAGUGUCUCAGUCUAAUGAAAGAGCUGGUUUACAAGAAGACAGCAAACACAGUGUGCUGAAACCAACACCUCUAAAGAGAGGCAGAGUGCAGAGACCAAAACCAAAUCUAAGAAGAACUGUUGCAAGGCAAAAAGACCUGACAGAUGAAAAAGAUCCUGAAGAGGAGAAGACUGAAGGUGGAGAAGUAGAAAAAGAUGUGAUACACCAUAGGGAUGAAAACAAUGAUCCAUGCCUCAAAAAUGUAAGCAGUGUUCCCAAGAAAAGUCCUCAGAAGCAGAGCUGUGAAAGCGGAAAGGGAUUGUCAGAUGUCUUGAAACAGGUUUCAGAUUUCAAUAUAGGGGAGUCUGGUCCUUGGAAGGAAGAGGAUAAAACUGUUGUAUCAUCAACUCUGCUACCGAGGAGUCGAUUCCAGAGACCAAAGCCAAAUUUAAGAAUGACAACUAGUAGAAAGGAAGUGCUGAAUGUAAAGAAUAAAGGUGUAUCACAGAAAGAUACCAACAAAGAAGAAAGUUUGACACAGUGUGACAGUGAAUGUAACAUCCUUCCUGAUACAGAUAAAGCAGGAAAAUAUGACGUCCUGCAACCAUUGAAAUCCUUAGAAAAGGAGAAGUCACUUGGCUCUCAGGAGGUUUCUGAGAGGCCAGGUUGUAAGUCUCCAAAGACAUUUUCAAGAUCAGAGGAUGGUGAACUCAAGUUUUGUUUACCUGAAAUUAACCAAGAUGACACCUCAACUACUAAUGCAGGCAAAAAUACCACUGAAGAAGAAAGUAAACAAACACCUCUUCAACCUGUCCAGUUAGUAUGGAGCAGAUUACAAAGGUACAAGCCAAACUUGGUAAGAGCUGUUGGAAAGAAGGAAUUACAAAUAUCAGAAAAUGAGAGGGAGGAAAAGCCUGGAGCAGAGCAGCUGGUAUUGCAAAAAGAUGAGUCUGCCAAUAACAUCAUUGGUGAAAAUGAAGCUGUAUUGUGUCAAGCAGAUGUAUUGAGCAAAGAGGAACAGGAACAGCAAGAGGCGCCUCAGAUGCCCUUUAUUUCUGAAAACGUAUUGUAUGAACAAAGCAGUGCUGAAAAAUCCAUUUCCCAAGAAGGCAAGCUGGGUGCUCUGAAACCAGGACAAUUCAUAAGGAAUGGAUCUCUGAGAACUAGACCAGACCUAGCAAGAGUAUAUAGUGAAAAAGAAUCUCCAGUGGCACAAAAACUUGUUGCUGCAGUUGAGGAAGAAGCAAAUAAAGGAGAGAAUCUACCUGUGGUAGAAGAAUCUGAGGAACCUCUUUCCUCAAAAGAUGAUGCAGAAGUAUUGUUGUUUGUGGGGAAUUUGGCCAAGAAUGACAAUUUAGACAUAAAUCCAAAAAGUACGAACUCAGAAGCACUCUGUUCCUCUGAAAAAUCACCUGACUGUCACAGCAAGGGAGAACAAGAACAUCUAUCUACAGAUGCUAUAGGAAGCAUUCAGGAUAGCAUAGAAAGCAGGAGAAGUUCAUGCAAUGAUGUGCAGUGUCCUGGUCCCUUGGUGGAAGGGAUGCUUUUUAUGUCCAAUGAUAUAUUAAAUUCUGGAGAAGAAAGUAAACAGAAUGAUACAAUGCAUCAAGUGAGGGAACCCCACUGGAACCCUAGGACAAACCUAAUGAGAGUUACUAGAAAAAGAGAUUAUCCCGAAGAAGGUGAAAACAGAGAAGAGGACAAUGCUGAGAACAGAAAUUCAGAAGAGAGUUUGGAGUUAGAAAUAACAGGUGUAUCAAUGCAAAACUCCAGUAACAUAGUGGAAGCUGCAUGUUUCUCAGAGGCUACAAGAAAACACAAUUUUACAGACUCUGUUGAAGAAACAUCUUGUAAAAGAAUCAGGCAGGAUAGUAGACUCCAGUCUCCAGAGAUUUCAUCAGAGAGCGAGAGUCAAGUCGAACAAGAAGAUGAUUCUCAGCUUUCUACUUCUCAGGAAAAUUCAGACAAUCUCACAAGAAGGUUGUCCAGAAGGUCAUCAAAAUGGAUAGCACUGCCAAAACAUGUCUUGGAGCUAAGAACUGCUGCUUCUUCUGCCUCUGAAUGUGAGGCUGAUUGCAGUGAGAAGUGGAAUCAAAGGCAAGAAGUUAAACUGAGUGCUACUAGAGGUAAAAGUUUGAAAACUACACAUAGAAGGAAAUCUGGAAAGAAGCACAGAAGUUCAAAGACAACCUUGGUGACCCUCCGGGCUUCUCAAGAGGAGGAGGAGGAGGAGCCAGAUGACUUCGAGCCUGAUGAUGAAGAUGAAUGCUUUGCACCGGAGGAAGUAAACAAAGCUCCAGUGUUUGUUCCCAUAGGUCUUCGAUCUCCAAAACCUGUUCCUGUUCAGAUAGAGGAAACCAUGGAGGAGCUGGAAAUAGUUGUGAAUAUACCAGAUGUGCAGGUGGCUACUGAUGUUGAAAGUCUCUCGCAUGCAUCUGUCCAGCCAGUGGUAGAGAGGGAGGAAAAAGUAAACACCUCAACAGCUGAAACAACUGUACAUGAAAAUCCAGAGGUGGACAAAGGAAUUAAUGAUGGAAGCACUGAAGCUGCCAUGACUUUACUUGCAAUGGGUGAUCCUAUGUUCCAGUUAAAAACAAGUACUGAAGAAUGGACACACAUGUUACCCGCUAAAGAUGAGUUGGACAUUGCCAAUAGCCUUGUAACCCACGCCUACUCCAAACAAAAUAGAACUUCUAGUCAAUAUUUACUUUCUUCAGACACUUCUACCAAGGAAUUGGUCCCUUCUGAGGAUGGAAGCAACAUUAAUGUAGAGGAUCAAAGCACUGGCACAAGAAUAGGUGUCGAAGAAUAUUUUGAGAAAAAUGCUACAGAUACCAGUGAUAGCUCUUUGCCUACAGUGAAUAGUGUGAGACUGACAAGAGGCAGACUCCUGAAGCCUGAGCCAGCCUUUGGAGUAUUGAGGUCCAAUGAAAACAUAAUUCAGGAGUCACUUAAUACAAAUGUACCAGUGGAACAACUAGAGCAAGUUGAAAGUGAGUCUACAACCCUGAGAGGUACUGCUGAAAUGCAGAAGGUGGAACUAGAACAGGUCAGACCAGCUGCAGGUGAUUCUUCAGUUCUUCAUGAUUCUGCAACUAGAAGUGUAGAACUUAUCAAGCAAGUAGACGAAACUGAGAGAACAGAAAAAGAGAUGAGAGAUGCUUGUGGAAACUCAGGAGACUUGAGAGCUAUAAAUGCAUCACCAAAACCUGAAAAAUCUCAGCUUGGAGUAGAGGAUUGUCCAAAUCAAAGUUCUGUGGAUGGAUUUCCUGAGCAAAAUCCUUGUCCUCCUGAGCACAAUAUAUACACAAUCAACUUUACUCAGAAUGAAGCUUGCGCUCAGGAUGCUCAAAAACAAUGUGUAAGCAGCACAGAAGAGACUUCAGUAGUGAACAAUGAUCAUAAAAGUCCAGAGGAGGAACAGACAUUCAUUUUAACGUUGGUGGAAAUCCCAGCUGACUCAAAAGAGUUUGAUGCAUCUGAUUUGCUGGAACAAACUCCAGAACCAUUAUUACCAGCCCCAAUAUUUAUCAGCCCAAUAAGUACCUGUGAAACAAGCAUGACUGCAGUGGAAAGCACUGGAUCUUUGACAACUGCAGCUGAUGAAUUUGCUGCACCUUUGAAGAGCAGUAUAAAAACAAAACAACUAGAGAGUGCAUCAGUAGACCCUGUUCCAAAUUCGCAGACAACUCAAAAAAGGUCAGCUGCUGAACUUGAAGUGAAUGAUUUGCCUCCUGCCAAGAAAACUCUGUCUACUAUCGCCGUGGAAGGUAACUUGGAAACCACUUACAAGGGUUAUUCAAUUAAAUCCAUAAAUGCUCCAAUGAUAGCUUCUGGGAAUCCUUUUCAAAAAACACAGGCUUCAGAAAAGGAAAAAGAAGUUAACUCUGUGUUGGUGCCUGAAUCUAUGUCACCACUGGCUGAGAGAAGCCAACUUCAGACUUUGGAGAACUUAGGGAAAGCACCACUGGAGAAUUCAGCAUCCAAACAGGAAGAGGAGGUGAUGUCUAGAUUAACCUCUAGCAGAAAAGCAGAAAUAAGUGGACAAGGAAAGCAGGGGGAUGUCAGUGAAUCUGGACAGUUGGAACAUACUGGAAGCCUAGCAUCAUCAUCUUCAAAAACUCCAUUACUCAGGGGUGGACGAAAACCGUUGGGAUUUUUAUCUUUGAUUUGCAAAAAAAGUAGUUCUGAAUCUGCAGAAGAUGCCAAAGGUAAUAGAGGGAAGAUCCAUAAACCUCGGAUUGUGACUCCAAGGCUAAGUCUAAAAAAACCCACUCUAUUCUCUAAGGAUGACAGGGAAUCUUGUUUCCUUCCCUCUACAAGCGCAUCAUCAUCUGUGGAGGAUAAGAAUAUAGCUGCUGAUGCUGCAGUUACGGUUCCAAGUAACAAGCCAUCUGAGAAGCCACCCCUUUGUGCUAAAGAUCAAGAGAAAGAAGAAGAGCCAACCAGAAUAUCUGAGUAUUUUUUUAGUGACAUCUUUAUGGAAGUGGAUGAUUCAGAAUAGCAAAUUGGCUUUAUAAAAACCUGGGAUCUGAGAGUAUAAUGCAAUAAGAAAAGAGUAUUUUUAAGAAGUUCUGAUUUGUUCUGAUACUCUUUAUGCCACACACUGUCAGCUAAGCUGUUGUUAGUAAAUUCCAUAAAGGUGAAACUGAUUCCUUCUGAAGUGACCGGGAUACUUUUAAAAUGUUGACACAGUCUAAACCACUACAUUGAUGUCAUUGGACCAGACCCGUGGCUGCUGGCUUAUAGUUUCACUUGUUUAGACGCUGAUAAUGGGUGCAUGACUAUCUUCCAGAAAAGUGCAAUGAAAAAAUGCUUAAUCUUGUGACAAGUGUCCCUUUGAAUUUUAAUGCUUGUGGUACUGGCUAUACGAGUUCUUUACUUCUUUUUGUGAAGUAUGUUAUGUUAAUAUGUUAGAAGGAAGAAUGAACCUUUUAUGUAUAGUGUAAUCUCUGUAGAUAAGGAUGCAAAUACUGGAAGUAGUGUAGUAAAUAUAUAGAUAUGUUUAGCACUGCAGGUAUUUUUAUUAGCAUCUCCAAAUUAUGUAUUUUUGUAAGAGUUUUUAAUUACAUAAAUUAAAAGAUCCUAACCUGAAAAGCCAAAUGGGUUUAGUUCCCUAAAAAUGUAUUGAGAACAACUGGAAAAACACAAUUUACUAAAAGAUGCUACACAACUAGACAAUGUUAACCUUUGCAACCCUCCUGUUGGAGUGGGAGGAAAAGGCUAAUAUUUCCUCGUAUAAAUGCUAAUUUCCUUCUAAAUUUGAAGGCAAGGGGAUAGAUACCAUUUCUUUUCCUUGGUUUUAAGUGUAGGUGUUUGUAGCUCUGCUAACUUCCUUGGUUUCCCUUGUGCAAAGUAGCACAAAGAUUGGAGUUAAACCAUGACUACACCAUGUGGUUGCUUUGAGCCUUUGCUACUUUGAAGCAGUUGAAUUUGAAUGGUUUUCCUCAUGUUGCAUGGCUACUUGUUCUGUAACUUGCUAUAAAGUGCUGUUGUAGCUUUAGAUUUUAUUCUCAUUUUUUACUUGCCUCAUCAAGAAGAUUGUCUUUAUGAUGUAAUUAGGUUCAUGCAGUCUCAAAGUCAGGUGGUCACUGAAAGAUUCAAUAUUUAUUGUGUAACUCCUUCUUACACAAAAAUGAGUGUGUAGAUUUAAGUAGUCUAAAUUUUUCUCCUGUUACUUAAUACCAGCAGGUACUUUUGCAAAACAAAUGAUUUAUUAUGAACGUGAAACUGAUGUUUAAAUGGUAUUGUUAUGCUCUCAAGAAACCUAUCUUCAGCUUUGGGCUGGAUAAUCAUUUAUUGGUAAAUAUUUUCAUAUAAGUAGUUAACUUUUAAAUACUUGAUGAAGUUUGAGAAUGUUUGCCUUUUCAGAAGUUAUUGGCAAGGCUUCUGAAGGAGCCUUUAAAAUUUUGUCAAUAAGGAAAGAUACACAGAAAAGCUACUGUUACUGCAAACGGCUACGUUAGCAGGCCUCUGUCAAUCAAAUGUUGUUAGCAGCAGUAUCUUCUUGGGGUGAUGGAAAAGGGUCUAACAGUCCCAGUGUAAAGUAACUUACUUGAAAGCAUUGUCACCUUCAUGCCCCCCCCCGCCAAAACCCCAAGAAACACCACCACCAAGUUUCUGUUCAUACAGUAUCUUGUGCUUUGCCUAAUCCAUUUAACUUGAAAUGUUUAUCUAAAUAUUGUCUUACUGUAAACAUUAUGAAAUAGAUUAAUCUAUACAUGAAAUGCUAUGUAUUAUAUAUCUUGUAGAUUUUAUUUUAUGUAUGCAAGUGUUUUGAUCCCAAUACAUGUGGCAUGUUUAAAUCACUUGCACUGACAGAGCCUAAAAAUAGAUUUGUGGGGAGUGGCUAUAAAAUAAUUGCCCUCAGUACUUUCUGAGCUGACAACCAUUCUACAUUUAGUUGUGUACAUUUUAGCUUCAUUCAUAUUACAUGGAAAAAACCCCCCAACUAUUUCAUUACUAAGAUUUAAGGUGCCUUAUCUACCUUAUUAAUUGGGGCUACACAUUUUGUUCCCUGCAGUAAAUCACAUGCACUUUGUUAGAGGAUUUUUUUUUUUUAGAGAACAAAUUUAAUUUGAAUAGAGAUAAGACAACUUUGUGGUGUUUUAUGGAAGUUUUAUAAUGGUGAAGGAUGUAAGAAAAGAUUGGUGAAAUCUCAAUGCCUGUUACUUUACAUAGAUGUUGCAUAAGACUGCUUUGCUUAGCGUUCUCUGACACCCUGUAUCAUCACAUAUAAGCUGUUUCAAAGAAAAAUAGUCAUAUUCUGUAUGUAAAUUAUGUGAAUAAAUUAUUUUAUAUCACCCAUGUUUCCAUUUCUUAGAAUAUCAGUUGCAGUUUUUAAAUGCUCAUAGGUAUAGUAAGUUAACAAAAGCGUGGGCUAAAUUAAUGGCUAAAGUUCUACCUGCAACCCUGGGCUGCAUACAGCAUACAGGCCUGCUUGUAUGGUGAUAACAGACUGAAUACACUUUAACAUGAGCGUGGGUGGUGGUGAUGUGGUUUUGUUUCUGGUUUAGAGCUUAUUUACCUGGUAUCUGACUUCCCAGUAUUCU